CCCGCCUCUCAGGGCCCCGCUCCCCUCAUUGCCUGCCCUGCCCCUCAGCUCCAGCCCCUCUGUACGUCACUUCCGCUGGGCGGUGCUGGGUGGCCGGAAGGUUCGAGAGGGGCCGCGCGAGCUGUGCCGCACCCGCCAUGGCCGCCGCGCGCGAGGAGUUGCUGAAAGAUCUGGAAGAGGUUAAAGAAUUGCUUACGAAAGCAACGAGGAAGCGAGUCCGUGAUGUCCUGAUGACAGAGAAACACAAGCUAGAGCUAGAAAUCAAGAAUCAGCCCUCACCUAAGCCAAAGGAUGUGGCAGAGGAAGAAAAGUCAUCGCUGGGAGGGUACACAGUGAAAAUAAACAAUUAUGGUUGGGAUCAGUCAGAUAAGUUUAUUAAGAUUUACAUCUCUUUAAGUGGAGUCCAGAAGCUUCCAGCUGAGAACGUGCAAGUGAAUUUCACGGAAAGGUCGUUUGAUCUGCUAGUGAAGAAUCUGAAUGGGAAGAACUACACCAUGACUUUCAACAACCUCCUGAAACCCAUCUCAGUGGAAGGCAGCUCCAGAAAGAUAAAGACAGACACGGUCCUUGUGAUGUGUAAGAAGAAGCGGGAGGAAAAAUGGGAAUGUCUCACUCAAGUGGAAAAAGAAAGCAAAGAGAAAGAGAAGGCUGCCUACGACACCUCGGAUCCUAGCGAAGGGCUCAUGAACCUUUUAAAAAAGAUGUAUGCCGAAGGAGAUGAUGAAAUGAAGCGCACCAUCAACAAGGCCUGGGUGGAAAGCAGAGAAAAGCAAUCCAAAGGGGACAUACCAAUGGAUAUUUGACGGUACUCUAAGGGCCGCCUUAACACUGAUCUUCCAUGUGAGACGCGCUGUGCUGCAAAGAUCAUUGUUUACACAAUCUUCUUCCAAGCAAAGACCGUCAUUUUCCAUUUCAGGUUGGAGAAAAUAUUUAAAUAAAAUAGCUUAUAAAGCAUUUCCUUCAGUCAAGUGGUUCACCAUUUCCUGAAGAGUGGAGCGUAGGUAUCUCCUUACCCCUCCUUGGAAAAGAUCUCCGAUGAGUGUAGAGUUGUGAAACUGAGAACAGAAUGUAAAAGGACAGGAAUCCUGAGCCAGGACGGGUCAAGGCCAGUCUGUUGCCAGUGACAGCAUUUGGUUUCUGGGGUUAGUGGUACACUCACUUUACGUGUGUGGGAAAGUGUGUUGAAUUGUAAAAUGUCUAAUAAAGGGAGAAAUGCUGAAAUAGAACCACUGUAUCAAGCAGAAUCAAAAUGAAUUUGAUCCCAUGGUAUUAAAAUGUAAUGCUUACUCUCAGAAAUUACUUACUGGCUGUUUAACCAGUUUAAUUUUGAAAAAGAAAACAGCUCUUCGGGGCCUGUGCUAACUGUGCGCUCCUUGGGCGCCCUUGAGGCGGUGUCCGGUGCAGGAGGGCAGUGAGCACACCCUGGCUCUAGCAGCGUGAGGAAAGAGACAAGCUCUGCUUUCUCCCAUCACCUAUCACAGCUUUUAAGGUAACAGAGCAAGAAGUCUAUUGCUAGCUUAUACUCCACAAUUUGACUCAACGGAGUGACGGGUGGCUGUCAGUUUGCUGCCUGUGUGUCUUCCACCUGGUGGAGUGCUGUUUAACUUGGCCCGUGCACUGCAGCCGCUCAGCCCCACUGCUAGCGAGGGGGAUGGAGUAGCUGGUUCCCCUUUAUUGCCCCGCUUUGAAGAAGAGUACCGGGCAAACAUGAGCUUAGCAGCAGGCUUGUUGGUAUUGAUGUUUCCUUCACGUUUCCUUCUUACAUCCCUCCUGAGAACAGAUUUUUUUGAUGUUACCUGAUUUAAAGAAGCCAUUACUCUCCUGCUGUGGUCUGGACUCAGACUCGCUUGCCUCCUUGUUCAUAAAGCCCUGGACUACAAGCAGGAGAUAAAUAAUAGCACGUUGUAGCUUCUAAUAGGUCCUUUAUCCACUUUGUCUGCUUGUUAAUAUAUUAAGCUUGCAAAACGGGAGCAUCUAAACUUGAGGCCAUGUUUUAU